AUAGAAAAAGAGCUUUUUUGAAUUCGUUCCUGGAGGCUGAAGCUUUUCGGAGUCCCUGGUUCUCUUCUCGGUUCACCGUGAGUCUCUGGGUAGAAAGAGGGCCUGCCUCAGUCUUUUAGGCCGGGAAAGGUAAUCUACGCCGCGCACGAACUCCUCUGCCCGCAAGCCAGACGGCGUCAGCCGCGGGAUCCGAAGAGGAAGCCAAGCACAGGGCCGUGUGGCCGGCCUGUGGCCGGCUGUCCAGGCCAGUAGGAAGUGACCGUCCAGCCCAGGUUCCCUGGGCCCAACGCUUUGACCCAGUUAGUAUCGGGGCUGGUUUCCUGUCCUGGCCCGGGAUGCUGGCAUGGACCCUUGGUUACCUGCUGUACCAUGCUAUCUUGCAAUAUAUGUGGUGAAACAGUAACCUCAGAACCAGACAUGAAGACUCACCUCCUAAUUGUUCACAUGGAAAAUGAAGUUACAUGUCCAUUUUGCAAGUUGUCAGGUGUGAAUUAUGAUGAAAUGUGUUUUCAUAUUGAAACUGCUCAUUUUGAGCAAAAUGAACUAGAAAAAAACUUUGAGAGGAUUAAUACAGUACAGUGUGGAACUUCCAAUAGCAGGAAGGACAGCACCCUACAGUGUAGAAUGGAAGUUAAUUCAAGUAUUCAUUCAGCUUGUGCAUCUAAUCAUCCGAAAAUUUCAGCUCAAGGCCCGCCUAACAAUGGUAUUUUAAAACAUAAAGGCUUUCAUUCAGAGAACUUAACUGAAUCUAGAAAAUUCCUGAAAAGUAAGGAAAAACAGUCUGACCGAACCAAAAUUAAAGGAUCAAUUUAUGAAGCAAUGUAUAGUCCUCCUGAAUGUCCAUUCUGUGGAAAAAUAGAAGAUUGUAGUCAAGAUAUGGAAACUCAUGUGAAAACAGAGCAUGCCGAUCUUUUAGACACUCCGUUAGAAGAUUGUAAUCAACCACUCUAUGACUGCCCUAUGUGUGGGCUCAUCUGUACAAAUUACCAUAUUCUCCAAGAACAUGUUGACUUGCAUUUGGAAGAAAGCAACUUUGGACAAGGUAUGGAUAGAGUCCAGUGUUCUAGAGAUCUGGAAUUGGCUCAACAGCUUCAACAAGAAGAAGACAGAAAGAGGAGAUCUGAAGAAUCAAGACAAGAAAUGGAAGAAUUUCAGAACCUGCAGAGACAAUAUGGUUUAAAUAAUUCUGGAGGGUACAAGCAACAGCAGCUACGAAAUAUGGAGAUAGAAGUAAAUAGGGGAAGAAUGCAUCCAUCUGAAUUUCAUAGAAGAAAAGCUGAUAUGAUGGAAUCACUAGCUAUUGGUAUUGAUGAUGGAAAAACAAAAACUUCUGGAAUUAUGGAAGCACUUUAUAGGUAUUAUCAGAAUGCUGCCACAGAUGUGAGGCGUGUGUGGCUUUCUACAGUAGUGGAUCACUUUCAGUCAUCUUUUGGUGACAAAGGUUGGGGUUGUGGUUACAGAAAUUUCCAAAUGCUGCUUUCAUCAUUAUUGCAAAAUGAUGCUUAUGAUGAUUGCUUGAAAGGUAUGUCGGUUCCUUGCAUUCCAAAAAUUCAGUCUAUGAUUGAAGAUGCAUGGAAGGAAGGUUUUGAUCCCCAGGGUGCCUCUCAACUUAAUAACAGGUUACAGGGAACAAAGGCCUGGAUUGGAGCAUGUGAAGUAUAUACACUUCUGACCUCCCUAAGGAUAAAGUGUCGUAUUAUUGACUUUCACAAGUCAACUGGCCCUUUGGGUACACACCCUCGCUUAUUUGAAUGGAUAUUGAGCUACUAUUCUUCAGAGAGAGAAGGGAGUCCGAAAGUACUGUUUACAUCUAAACCUCCUAUCUAUCUUCAACAUCAAGGUCAUAGUCAAACAGUUGUUGGAAUUGAAGAGAGAAAAAACCGAACAUUAUGUUUACUAGUAUUUGAUCCUGGAUGUCCUUCUCGAGAAAUGCAGAAACUCUUAAAACAAGACAUGGAAGCUAGCAGUGUCAAGCAACUUCGGAAAUUUGUGGGGAAUUUAAAACAUAAGCAGUACCAGAUAGUGGCAGUAGAGGGUGUUCUUUCUUCAGAGGAGAAAAUUGCCAGGAGACAAGCUUCUCAAGUCUUUACAGCCGAGAAGAUCCCUUGAAGAAGUAAGCAUUUCAGUGAUUGUGAAAUUUUACUUUAUUUUCCAAAUUCAGAUAUUAAACUUUUAAUACAACAUAUGAAUUCUCUAAAUACUCCAUUUAAUUUCUAAAAUUCUAAAUUAUACCUUUAGUACUCCAUUGUUUAGUAGUUAUUCCAAUAAAAUAUCUGUUUGCAUUGUGGGUUUUAUAUUUCUUAUCCAUGUUUCAGAAACUGGUUUUGUAUUAUAGUCAUAUGACUAUUUAUUGGGUUCUUACUUGUGUUAGGUAUUCGCAGUAUUUUGUGUGUAUUAAUUAAUCUCCAAAAUAGUUCUGUGAGACAGGUACUGUUAUUAGCUUGUGAGGAAGCUGAAACUCUGAGAGAUUAGUAAUUUGCACAAGAAAGUGGUCAUCAUCCAGAGUGUGAACCCAGACUGCUCACCUCCAGGCUCUUACCAUUAUAGCAUUCUGCUUUCUUCUGUAUUAUAUAUGUAAUGAAAUUCCCUCCUCACUACUUAGAAAUAACCUUAAUAUUUAAUAGGCAUAGCUCUAAAAAGAGGGAUUUGCUUUUGUUAAAUAUUUACACUCGUACUUAUACAACGGUGAUGUAGAGUGUUGUGUUUAAUGUGUCCUGUAGGAAAGAAACUUUCAGAUUCUGUUGGAUUUGCCAUGUAAGGUUGCAAGCUAGAAUCCUACUCUGGCCAAUUUAAGCAGAAGAGAAUUCAUUCAAAUUAUCAGAAGCUCACAGAAUCCAUAGGUAACUAGGGAACUCUGCUAGAACAAAGGCAACAGUAGGGGCUGGAAUAUGGCAUAAUUUACAGCAGGGUCAAUCAGGUUAGGAGCAGAGGUAGAAUGUCUGCUCAAAUUUCAGAUUCCAGAGAGGGCACAUCUGAUUAGCAUGUGACUGUAUGCCAUGGGACAGAGGCAAUUUCUCAAAAGGAAAUCCGGGCAGAUGAAGAAAUGGAUAUUAAAUAACAAAAAAGAAAAGCAAUAAGUGUCUACUGCCCCAUGAAAAAAUGAACAAGAACUUAUUUGAAUGAAGUUCUAUAAAUAUUAUUUAUGGCAUCAAAUACAGAAAGUUGCACUCCAAGAAUGAAUAAUAUGUAUAGCUGAUUCACUUUGUUAUACAGCAGAAACUAACACACCAUUGUAAAGCAAUUAUACUCCAAUAAAGAUGUUUAAAAAAAAAUAGUGUGUAUUAACAGCAAGAACUGACAAAACCAUAACCUUCAUAGUCUUAAAAAAUAAUAUUGCCAGCUGGAAAAUUCUGGAAGCUAUCAUUUCUAAUAUUCUGUCAUCCAGACUGGUAAACAGGUUUCUACUCUAUAUUCCCAUGCAGUUACGCUCCUUCAUGCCAUCAUUAUCUCUUACCUAGACAAUGUAAUAACCUCCUAAAUGGGCUCCCUGUCUUGAUCCUCUGUCAGUCCAUCUUCCACACGGAAGGCAAACCGUUCUAAAAUACACAUGCGAUUUUGUGACUUCCAGUUGAGUCCUCUUCAUUGCUCAUUGUUAAAAUCCAAACAUCCCACACAAUCUGGGCCCUGCAUACCUCUCCAGUUUCAUCUCUCCCCACUCUCAAAGUUUCACUCCUUUCAGCCUAAAGACCUUUGCCAAAAUACAGCUGGUGCUGCCUAGGGCCUUUACCCCCUUAGUUCUCCUCUUAGAAGGGCUUCUGCUUAGAAAUGCUUCCUGAACUGCUCAAGUUUGGAUUAAGUGCACCUUCUAAGUGUUUGAUAAGCAACGUUUCUCAAAGUAUAGAUUGCUGAGCUGCAAACCGCCAGUCUGUGACAAGAUAAUUAUAGAAGUUACAAUUGCUGACAUACUUUUAUUCUAUUUUACACAGAUAAUAGCCAUGGAUUAGCAGUUGUUUUUUUUUUAAUUGGUUCUUCACCACAGAGUUUGACAGACACUGUCCUAUGGUGUAAUAUUUGUAUCACAAUACCUGCUAUUCGAAUUAUCUACCUUUAUAUGUUUCCCUCCUUGAAUGUAAGCGUGAAGAUUUCAGGAGCAAUGUCUAGUUUUUAACAGUAGCCCCACAGUGCCUGGCACAUCACAUAUAGAACUUAAAAAUACUAUUUUGGUUAAUGGAAAUAACUAAUUUUAGAAAAGCAGUGGUAGAAGAUAUCAGUUUGAAGUCUUCGGAUGUCCCAGCUAGCCGUCUCUGUGCAAAUUGUUUUCCCUGAAAUCAGAUAAAACCAGUUUCUAUAGGAUGAAAGAAGAGUUACAUUGAGACAUUUCUUUAAGAAGCAACAAGCAAAAGAGUUAAAAAAUUUGAAUGUUCCCACAGUCUUUGAGCAGGUGGUGGAGUUACGUACCCUCUCCCCACAGGGGGGGAAUAUAUAUAUAGAUGUAUAUACAUACACACAGUAUUUGCAUACAAUAUCACAGAUUGCUUAAGAACACACGCUCUAAUUUAGUUAUUUUCAAUAUUUUUGGUCUCAGUAUUCCUUGAUGCUCAAAAGAUAUUUACGUUCCCAAGGAGCUUUUGUGGGUUAUGUAUUUCCAUGUUUGCCAUAUUAGAAAUUCAACCUGAGACUUAAAAAAAAAGAGAAAAAAAUAUAGAGGCACAUAUGCCAUUAGCUGCAGCCAUCGAAACAGUAAUGUAAGAAAAUGUCAUUUAGCCUCUGAAAAAUCCAUUGAGUAUCUUUCUAAAAGUACAUAUUAAUAGUUCUACAUACAAAAUUCCGAAUUUUAUAUUUUCAAGGAAUGGUAUUUUGCACAUCAAUAGUUGCCUAUAUAUAUAUAUAUAUAUAUAUAUGUAGGCAACUAUAUGUAUAUGUGUAUGUGUGUGUAUAUAUAUAUAUAUAUAUAUAUAUCAGUCCCAAAUAAGGAGUAUGUGUGUAUCAGUCUCAUAAAACUGGGCUAAUUUUAUUUUUAUUAGUCAUAGUCAUCUUCCUCAUCUUCAUCUUCCUCAGUUUCUUCAUUUUCCUCUGUUGAAUUUAAAGCUGCUUCUUGUGCAGCCCUGAAAGCCUGCUCCUCUUCCACACUAGGGUCAUCCAUUUCUGUAAUUUCUGGUCCACUGAGGUACUCUUCAUAAACUGGUGGUGGAACUGGAGGUGUAUAGCUGUCUGGACUGUAUUUAUGACCCCAGCCUAUAUAGAAAUUUUCAAACUUUCUGUAAGUUAAAAAAAAAUGUAGAUCAUUGUAUAAUUUUUCAGUAAGAAAAAUUGAACCUUCUUUUCUGUAAGGAUAAGGUACUUAGAGUAUCAUAGUCCCAUAAUGUUAAAACAGUACAGUAUAUUUUAAAUGCAUUAGAGAUGAAAUAUCCCUAAAUGAUUCUUUUACCACAGGGAAUUACUAUGAUCCAAACUGCUUAAGCUGGUUAAGAAAACAUUGGGCCAGACCCUGUCAAAAUGUACCCUACACCUGGACCACAGCCUUUCAUCUUUUAAUUAUUUUCAGAAAAACAAAACAAAGCAAUGAAGUUAAAAAUUACAUACCUUCCUUAGAGUUAGAAAGAAUUAAGAAGUUGCCAGCCUUGAAAACUCUUGGCUGGGUGAGAAGUCGGACUUGUGGUUAACAACCUAUGUGUGUUUUUUCAGGUCCAUCCUUGAGCAAUUACAAAAGCUUUACAUAGUUAGGCCUCACGGGGGGGGGAAACUGCCCUCUCCACCCCAGACUUGGUGCAUAGCCAGUGCACUGCAAUCUCUAAGAGAGCGUUGUGGUCAAGGAUUCUGGCCCCUCUGGCCUGUCAUGCUCUUAACACAAUUGUGUUCCUGGCCCAGGUGCCUUCAUUCCCAGGCCUCUUCAUCUGAGGCCUUCAGCAGAGGUCUUCUUCAGGCCCCUUUGCCAAGGCUUCCUAAUGAGGGUUGGGUGAGAGAAGGGGAGACCUUAUAGACACUUCCCCUACUCUUGACUCAGUACCCAGUACUUUUCCCUAGUCCUCCCCACCUUUCUCUGGUCACAGGUCCUUAAAACUGCAGGAGCCUUAUGUGGGGACUUGCUUGUCAUUGAGAUGACCCCACAACUCUGCUGACCCAUCUGACCUUCCACCAGUGUGCCAUUCCAUGGGGGCAAAUGGAACGGGGUUGGGGUGGGGGGAAUCAGUCCUUCAACUUGGUUAUACCAUCACAGUAAGUGAUUAAAGGCUUAACAUUUUCAUUUCUGACUUGUUGCUUUAAUGGCUACUCUGACAUUUGAUCACUCAGCUCUCCAGCUCAGCCGAGCUUCUGACACUAGGUUAUUAAGUAAGAAAUGGAAGCAUAAGACGAACAUGUAAGCUCUGGGUGAGGAAUUAAAGGACGUUUACUGUCCUCUUAUCCUAACUCUUUUGAAAAUGAUAGCCUAAAUCAUACAUAUUUUAAAUUAUCUUUUAUCAAGAUAUCCAACAAAAAUGAUGAGAUUUAAACUAAAUACUGCUUAGAAUUACCUCCAUGAAAUGAAUAUCAAUUAAUCAAAUAAUCAUAGAAGAAAAAACAUAUUUUAGCCCCAUUAAUUGGAUAAUUCAGAUGAAAAGGCAGAAGUCUGAAUUACUCUAAUGUUCUAAAUUUGAUGCUUUGUUGUAUAAGAUGGAUGUUGUUUGAAUUAAUCUUAUGCCAUACACACUUGACAUUCCAGUGAUAACUUAUAAUUUCCAGAAGUUAAAUAAUCAAAAUAAUAGCCUUGUAAGUUGUCACAUACUUACUUGCCAUUGGAAAAGGCAUAUGCUCCAGUCCAAAGGUUGGAUCUAAGGACUGCAAUAGCAUAUUGAGGAAUGAGAUUUGAGGAUAACCGUGUUGUCCAAGGCGGUAUAUUCUGCAUCUCUGUAAACCAAAGAGAAAUUCAAAAUAGACUUAACUGCUAAACAGACAAGGAUAUACUGUGUAACAGAAAAGCUGUCUUUAUAAAUCUUAAAAUACACACUUGACAUAAAGUUAAAACGUUAGCAGCUUAACAUAAGAGCAGGAGGGUAUUAUAUGAACGUGUAAAAAUGAAAUUUGAAAAAAAUGUGUGUAUACAUUUAUAUAGAUAUAUAUAUACACACGUGUAUAUAUAUAUAUAUAUUUGUGUGUGUUUAUAUGUGUGUGUACAUUUGUAACGCAGAGAAAAUAAGUUUUACAAGAGGAGGCCUAUGUGGCGGAGGGAAAAAUACGUGAUGACCAAAUCAUUAUUACGAAACAGAGCUAGGGUUAUAAGCAUGAAUGCUCCAAAACUGAAUAGGAAGAAAAAAAGAAUAUGAAAGCAAUAGUAGAUCAGAAAAAAACCAAAAACAGUAUCUCAUAUUUUAGCUAUGUCAUGUGUUUAUGAUCUGUAGAAUGCAAAACAAGAAUGAUAAAAAAGAUAGCUAUCAGCAUUUCCACUAAGAGGUAGAGCCACCUUAUACUUCCUCUGCAGUGCACUCCUGCAACCUCUGUCCUAGGCAGUUCUCAGUGGGGCCAGCUCCAUUACAUUCUUUAUUCCUACCAUGUACUGUAGUGUGUGUGUGUGUGUGUGUGUGUGUGUGUGUGUGUGUGUGUGUACACAGGUUUCUCCCGCUAUCCAAAAGUAGAGCAUUCCUAUGAAACCUUUUUUAAGCUGAAAUGACAUAGAGUGAAGAAGCUGUUACCUUAGGACACAUCUUGCUAAUGUAUUGACGAGAUUAACUGAGAUAAAGCAUAGAAGCUCACAAGCACAGUUCAAAGCUAUGGCAACUUGAUGCUGAGAUGCUGAGUGUAGUUCCUGGAGAAGGAGCUUGGAAGUGCCCCUCUGACAGAUUGAAGUGUGUGCUGCUUCUAUAACUGCUCACUGCAAAACAAGUGCUGAACGCUAUUUUUGCCUUUUUUUUUCUUCUUCGUAAAAGAGAAAAUCCUCUGGAUUUCUAUCAGUGAAAAUAGGUACUAAUGUAGUUCUCUCAUAAAAGCAAAGUGGUGUAAGUCUAUCUUUUGAAAAGCAGGAAAUACCUGUGUAUAUAUACAUAUAUAGUAUCAAUAUAGAGAGAGUAUUUGGUAUAUAUAUAAAAAUAUAUAUUACAUUGUAUACAUACAUAGUACGGCAUACCUUGUUUUAUUGUGCU